AUGGGCUAUCUGAUGAGUUAUACUGAACAUGCUAUAAACCAGCUGGAAGAAUCAGUCCUCAGAGGGUGUGCGUUUCUCUCACAGGGUAUUCGUAAACAGAGCCGGUGUGUUAUAUUCAUCGGUGCACUCUCUUAUUUCCUGCCCUUGAGUUUUUCUACAGAGUAUACAAAUGGGCGGAGAUGGCACGUAAAGGCUGAAUGGGUGGAGAUGCUCUGUUGUACUAAUGAUGUCUCCUCCCUCCAGUCUCUUCUUGGAGAAGCUGCCUAUGUUCCCUUCACAAAGUAUGCUUCUCUCAUCCCUGCCGAGCAGGCAGAGAAACAGGUAACUCAGACCUUUGGCCUACUCGAUUACUUGAUUGGAAUAGAACCAUCCAAUCCAUCCUCCACUUCUCUGCCCUGUUCUGUGCCUGAGAUGCUGACCGCUGCAGACAGCACCACCCGUGCAGCCUUAAUGGCUGGAUUCCAGUUGGCUUUGGCUAGUGAGCGUCAACGCGGAAAACGGGGUCAGGAAUGGCUACUGAGGGCGGCGACUGCGGUGGAGGCUGCGGCCUCGGGCUCUGGAGAACCCCGGGAAGAGACUGAGGCCCCCGGCCCCACCUGGGAUGAGUCCCAACUACUCAGUUAUACCUUCCCGACCUGGCCCAUCCUGCAUCUCAGUCAGAGCAACCCCGGGGCAGAGGAGCUUAUUGAGAAUGAGGAGCCUGUGGUGAUGACAGACACAAAUCUUGUGUAUCCUGCCCUAAAAUGGGGCCUUGAAUAACUGCAAGAAAAUAUUGACAACAGAGACUUCUCUGUGUACAGUGCCAGCACCCACAAGUUCUUGCACUAUGAUGAGAAGAAGAUGGCUAAUUUCCAGAACUUUAAGCUGAGGUCCAAUAGGGAAGAAAUGAAAUUUCAUGAGUUUGUUGAGAAACUGCAGAAUAUACAGCAGUGAGGAGGUGAAGAGAGGUCGUAUCUGCAGCAAACACUCAACGACACUGUGAGCAGGAAGACUGUCAUGGACUUCUUGGGUUUUCACUGGAACUGGAUUAAUAAGCAACAGGGAAAGCGUGGCUGGGGGCAGCUGACCUCUAACCUGCUGCUUAUUGGCGUGGAAGGAAAUGUGACACCUGCUCACGAUGAUGAGCAACAGAACUUCUUUGCUCGGAUAAAAGACUACAAGCGAUGCAUUUUGUUCCCUCUGGAUCAGUUUGAGUGCCUCUACCCAUAUCCUGUUCAUCAUCCGUGUGACAGACAGAGCCAGGUGGACUUUGACAAUCCUGACUACAAGAGGUUCCCCAAUUUCCAGAACGUGGUUGGUUACGGAACAGUGGUUGGCCCUGGUGAUGUUCUUUACAUCUCAAUGUACUGGUGGCAUCACACAGAGUCAUUACUAAAUGGGGGCAUUACCAUCACUGUGUACUUCUGGUAUAAGGGGGCCCCCAUCCCUAAGAGAACUGAAUAUCCUCUCAAAGCCCAUCAGAAAGUGGCCAUAAUGAGAAACAUUGAGAAGAUGCUUGGAGAGGCCUUGGGGAACCCACAAGAGACUGUUCCCGGGACUGCCCUGGUGGCGCAGUGA